ACUACCCCCCCCAAUAUACACGGAGUAUAUCAAAUAUAAGGAGAACCUUCCUAAUAUUGAGUUAUCCCCGCCCUCAGAACCGCCUCAAUUCGUCGGGGCAUGGACUACUAGGUGUGGAAAGCAUUCCAUAGGGAUGCUGGUCCAUGUUGACGCUAAUGCUUCCCACAGUUGUCUAGGUUGUCUUUGGGUGGUGGACCUUUCUUGAUACACACGGGAAUCUGUUAAGCGUGAAAAAACGCACUUCUUCACACAAACUGGUACGCACGGCACCUACUACUAUACUACUUAAUAUUUUGUCUUGCCCAUUAACCCUCUGAAUGGCACACAUGCAUAAUCCAUUUCUAUUGGCUCAAGGUUUAAAUUAUGUAACCUGUACUCCACCUCAUCUACACUGAUUGAAGUUGAUUUUAACAAGUGACCUCAGCAAGGAAUCAACCAAUUACAUGUGUUUUAUGAAGCCUUUUUGUGCAUUCGCUGAUGUCACAAAGUGCUUACAGUCUAUACAGUGGCAAGAAAAAGUAUGUGAAAUCUUUGGAAAUACCUGGACAAUGGACCAACAGUCUGCUUAAACUAAUAACACACAAACAAUUAUGUUUUCAUGUCUUUAUUGAACACACCGUGAAAACAUUCUCAGUGCAGGGUGGAUUUUUACACCAUUCCUCUUUACAAAACUGUUUCAGUUUAGCAAUAUUCUUGGGAUGUCUGGUGUGAACUGCUUUCUUGAGUACAUGCCACAGCAUCUGUCGGUUGAGGUCAGGACUGACUGGGCCACUCCAGAAAGCGUAUUGUCUUCUGUUGAAGCCAUUCUGUUCAUUUACUUUUGAGUUUUGGGUCGUUGAGCUUCAAUUGGCGGACAGCCUGACAUUCGAUAGCAAGCUGUCUUGAUGCCGCAAAGCAGCCCCAAACCAUGCCGCAAAGCAGCCCCAAACCAUGCCGCAAAGCAGCCCCGAACCAUGCCGCAAAGCAGCCCCGAACCAUGCCGCAAAGCAGCCCCGAACCAUGCCGCAAAGCAGCCCCGAACCAUGCCGCAAAGCAGCCCCCGAACCAUGCCGCAAAGCAGCCCCCGAACCAUGCCGCAAAGCAGCCCCCGAACCAUGCCGCAAAGCAGCCCCCGAACCAUGCCGCAAAGCAGCCCCCGAACCAUGCCGCAAAGCAGCCCCCGAACCAUGCCGCAAAGCAGCCCCGAACCAUGCCGCAAAGCAGCCCCGAACCAUGCCGCAAAGCAGCCCCGAACCAUGCCGCAAAGCAGCCCCCGAACCAUGCCGCAAAGCAGCCCCCGAACCAUGAUGCUCCCUCCACCAUACUUUACAGUUGGGAUGAGGUUUUGAUGUUGGUGUGCUGUGCCUUUUCUUCUCCACACAUAGUGUUGUGUUCCUUCCAAACAACUCAACUGUAGUUUCAU